CCUAAAAAUGUCCACGUUCUGCCCAACACCACGAUAACGUUCCUUCCCGGUAUUCACAUCUUUACAACUCUGUGAGUCUUCAAAGAGGAACGCCAACAUUGCCGCCCAUAAAAGCGGCAGGAAGCUGGGCAGGAGAUACGUGUGUGGGAACGUGGAGAACGAGGGCCCGGGAUUUCGGAGGGACACGUUUUGAGGUUGCAUCCGACUGAGGAUGGCUGAUACUACCUCUCAGCCAGAGCCGCCAGCCCCUCAGGAAGUCAGUAGCGAGUUUAAGAAGCCUGUUUUGCCGGUGUUGCCAGCUGUGCGAAGUAAGGCUCCAACCUCCGGUCCCGCAGUCCCUGAGGAUGUGGAGAAGGAUUGCCCCUCGGUGCUGCUGGACCCCGGCUGUAGGGAGCCCGAGGUCCCAUCGACUCAGCCGGAUAACGGGGAGACUGGGAGUCCACCGGCGGAGCAGCUCCCGUCCCCGCGGGUAGCUACUGCUUCUGGCGGUCCGGCCCGGGCUCCCCCAUACCAAGAGCCAUCGUGGGGCAGCCCAGCCACGGCCCCGUACAGUCUCGAAACUCUGAAGGGUGGCACCAUCCUUGGCACCCGCACCUUGAAAGGGAUGAGCUGCUGCCUUUUCGGGAGGCUUGCUAACUGUGACAUAUGCCUGGAGCAUCCUUCCGUGUCUCGGUACCAUGCGGUGCUACAGCACCGGGGGUCUGAUCCCGACGGAGAAGCUGACAGUCAUGGGCAGGGCUUCUAUCUCUAUGAUCUGGGAAGUACCCACGGUACUUUCCUCAACAAAACUCGCAUCCCUCCCCGCACUUACUGUAGAGUUCACGUUGGGCAUGUUUUUCGCUUUGGAGGCAGCACCCGGCUCUUUAUCCUUCAGGGGCCAGAGGAAGACCGAGAGGAAGAAUCUGAGUUAACAGUAACACAGUUGAAGGAACUGCGCAAGCAGCAACAGAUGUUAUUGGAGAAGAAGAUGUUAGGUGAAGACUCAGAUGAAGAAGAGGAAACAGAUACCACCGAAGGGAAGAGAAAUACUAGUGGCCAAGAUGAUGAGAUGGGUUGCACGUGGGGCAUGGGCGAGGACGCUGUAGAGGAUGAGGCUGAAGAGAACCCCAUCGCCCUGGAUUUUCAGCAGGACCGGGAGGCGUUUUAUAUAAAGGAUCCGAAGAAGGCUCUCCAAGGCUUCUUUGACAGGGAAGGAGAAGAAUUAGAAUAUGAAUUUGAUGAGCAGGGGCAUAGCACUUGGCUCUGCAGGGUGAGAUUACCUGUAGAUGACUCCGCUGGGAAGCAGCUGGUGGCUGAGGCCGUCCACUCGGGGAAGAAGAAAGAAGCGAUGGCACAGUGCUCCCUGGAAGCUUGUCGGAUCCUUGAUACAUUGGGACUGCUGCGGCAGGAAGCGGUAUCCCGGAAAAGGAAAGCUAAGAACUGGGAAGAUGAAGAUUUUUAUGAUAGCGAUGAUGAUACGUUCCUUGAUCGGACUGGCCUGGUCGAGAAGAAGCGUUUGAACCGGAUGAAGAAGGCCGGGAAGAUCGAUGAGAAGCCAGAAACUUUUGAAUCACUGGUUGCGAAGUUAAAUGAUGCUGAAAGGGAGCUCUCUGAAAUUUCUGAGAGGCUCAAGGCGUCAAGCAAAGCUCUAUCAGAAUCGUCAUCGCAGGAUUCUUUAGAUGCAUUCAUGUCAGAAAUGAAGUCCGGGAGCACAUUAGAUGGUGUGUCCCGGAAGAAGCUUCACUUGAGGACUUUUGAACUAAGGAAAGAACAACAGAGGCUUAAAGGGUUAAUAAAACUUGUAAAGCCAGCAGAGAUUCCAGAACUAAAAAAGACUGAACUUCAGACUACAAAUGCUGAAAACAAAGCUAAGAAACUUGCAUUACCUCUCUUUGGUGCCAUGAAAGGAGGAAGCAAAUUCAAAUUAAAAACUGGAACAGUAGGGAAAUUGCCGCCCAAGCGUCCAGAGCUCCCUCCAGCUUUAAUGAAAAUGAAGGAUGAACCAGAAGUAGAAGAGGAGGAGGAAGAGGAAGAAGAGGAGGAGAAAGCGGAGGAGAAGCAUGAAGAGCACAUGGAGGCUGGAAGCAGCAGGCUGCCUCAAGAGAUGGAGACAGAGCUGGGAACAGCAGUGCCGGACCCAAGAGCCCCCACGGAUCCCGCUUGCUCUAAGGAGACAGAAGGCCAAGAAAACAUGUCUCAACACAGCCAAGGGGAACGGAGUAAAGAUUAUCCAGAGAUGGGCAAAAUAGCUUCAUCAUGUGAGGACCCUUCAGUAGCACCAGAGAAUGAAUAUGAAAAAAAGAGAGAUGAGUUGAAGAAAAAGAAAGCUCCUGGUCCAGGCAAAUUUCCACCCGUACUUUCUUCCAAAUACCCUGAAGAUGAUCCAGACUACUGUGUGUGGGUUCCACCUGAAGGUCAAAGUGGAGAUGGCAGAACUCAUCUUAAUGACAAGUAUGGCUACUGAUUGGUUCAGCGUCCCAAAGGAAGAUCUUGUGGACCCUACGUAGGCUAGCUAUUUGGGAUGAUGGAUCAAGUCAUGGCUAGGGAAGUUUAGAUGACCAUUUGUAAAAUCUGGUGACUGACUUUUUCUUCUGUAUCCCUGGCUUCCUAAAAUUAUCUGCCUAUUGGAUUUUUCUGAAUUUUGGUGUUUAUAUUUAAGUGUUUGUGUAUAUAUGUAAAAAGGAACUAUGUACACUGAAAAUCAAUAAAAUAAGAGACAUGACCC